AUGAACGGCUCCUCGGCGGGGCUCCCGGCGGGGACGAACGGCUCGCUGGGGAUUCCCGGAGGGAUGAACGGCUCUCUGGGGAUUCCCGGAGGGAUGAACGGCUCCUCGGCGGCGGCGGGGCUGCUGGCGGGGGCCGGGGGCGCGGCGCUGGAGCUGGAGCGGGCGCUGCGCUGCUGCACCGCCGCCUCCGUGGUGACCGACGGCAGCGGCGCGGCGGGGGACGAGCGCAGCCUGUACAUCAUGCGAGUGGUGCAGAUCGCCGUCAUGUGCGUGCUGGCCCUCACCGUGGUGUUCGGCAUCUUCUUCCUCGGCUGCAACCUCCUCAUCAAGUCCGAGGGCAUGAUCAACUUUCUGGUCAAGGAGCGCCGCCCGUCCAAGGAGGUGGAGGCGGUGGUGGUGGGGCCGUACUGA